AUGGAACCAAGUAUUAAGGCUAAGAGUGUGAAAGAGUGUGAAAGCUACAAAGAACAUAGGGAUAAUAUGAUGACAAAUAUAAGUCAUAUCCAAUGUAAAAAUGGUGAAGCAAAUUUUUACGAAGAUAUUACGAAGGGUAAAGCAUUAUUAUGUUUCCUUUUAAGCAAUAGCACUCAGCACUACAAUUAUGAGAUAUGUGAAGAAAUUGAUAGAAUUGUGAAAAGAUUUCUCAUUGAUGCCAUGAAAUAUAGAAAAGAUUAUGAACAUAUUUUGAAUGGUGCAGAUGCUGAAGACACAGUCCAGAAGUCCUAUGGCAGCAAUGGACCAACUAGAUUUGGAUCCGGUCGUCUACAUGGAGCCACAGUAUCAUUCCAUGAUAUUACCUAUAACGUUGUCACAAAAAUAGAUGGCAAAAAGACUAACAAAGAUAUUCUUCAUAAUGUUAGUGGUGUAUUUUCUCCUGGUGUCAAUGCCAUUCUAGGCCCAACUGGAAGUGGUAAGACGUCACUGCUAGAUAUUUUAGCUGGAAGAAAAGAUCCAAGAGGCCUUUCAGGUCAGGUGUUGAUAGAUGGACAAAGACAACCACUAAACUUUAAGUGCAUGUCUGGAUAUGUCGUACAGGAUGAUGUUGUCAUGGGAACACUGACUGUCAGAGAAAACCUUGAAUUUUCUGCAUCCUUACGACUUCCAGGUCGUAUAAAAAAAGAAGAACGAGAUGCUCGUGUACAACAAGUUAUCCAUGAACUUGGUCUUAACGUAUGUGCUGAUUCUAAGGCAGGAACACCAUUCAUACGUGGAAUAUCAGGCGGUGAACGCAAACGAACCAACAUUGGGAUGGAAUUAAUAAUACAACCCUCAGUACUAUUCCUAGAUGAGCCCACCACAGGGUUAGAUGCAAGUACAGCGAAUGCUGUGAUUUUAUUAUUGAAAAGACUUGCAAAAAAUGGAAGGACCAUUAUUUUAUCGAUUCAUCAACCGAGAUACUCUAUUUACAAAACUUUUGAUAUGUUACAUUUACUGUCACUUGGUGAUACAGUCUAUCACGGGCCGAAGGAUCUGGCGCUGGACUACUUCUCCAGUAUAGGAUAUGAAUGUGAAGAACAUAACAAUCCCCCUGAUUUCUUUCUGGAUGUGAUCAAUGGAGAUUCCACUGCUGUUACUGCCCUCAACGAUUCUAUAGAUGUACUAGAACAAGGAAUAUCGGAUCCUAGCAUCCAAAGAGACAGCGGAGUAGACAAACUCGGAAUGCAGUUUAUAAACUCAUCUCGGUAUCAAGAUCUUGUCAAGAAACUGAAUCCCAUUCUAGCAAAGUUCAGAGAAACCGAAGAACCCGCUUUUCUUAUGAUUGGGUACGCCACGUCAUGGUUUCGACAGCUAUCUAGAGUUUCUAAGAGGACUGUACUGAAUAUAGUUCGGAACCCAUUUACAUCUGUUAUGCAGAUGUUUAUUAUGCUACUGUUUGCUGCUGUAGUUGGCGUUAUUUAUUGGCAAAUAGAUGACUCUCUUAGUACUGGAAUACAAAACAGAAUUGGUGCCUUUUUCUUCAUAAUAAUGAACAUGGUGUUUGGUAAUUUAUCCGCUAUUGAAUUAUUUAUCCAAGAACGAGUGCAGUUUCUACAUGAAUCGGCCAGUGGUUACUACAGAGUCUCAGCAUUCUUUUUAGCUAAGGUCUUCUGUGAUUUGAUUCCCAUGAGAAUAUUACCCACAACCAUCUUUGCAACUGUCACCUACUUUAUGAUUGGUUUUCAAUUAGAAGUUGAUAAUUUCUUCAUAUUUUUGCUGAAUCUAAUACUGACUGCAAUCACGGCAUCAUCCUUGGCUUUCUGUUUGAGUUCUCUCGUGUCUGUUGCUCAGUUGGCAAACUUAUUUAUAUCUCUAUGCUAUGUGUUUAUGAUGGUGUUCAGUGGUUUCCUUGUUAAUCUAAAUAGUAUUGUUGUGUGGCUGCGAUGGCUGUCUUAUUUCAGUAUAUUCAAGUACAGCUUAGAUACGUUGAGUGCUGUUGAGCUACGGGAUAUGAUAUUUUGUGAUACGAUGGCUCCGACACAGCCUCCGACGCAGCCUCCUACCAGUGAAACUAUCUCACUGAAUGCCACUAUCGCUCCCAUUCAAGUGUGCCAGCCUGGCACUGUGUACCUGAAAACGCAGGACGUCAACUACACCGAUUGGGGGAUAUGGUCCAAUCAGAUAGCAAUGGCGUGUAUGACAGUUAUACUGUUGACAUUAACCUACAUCAAUCUACGAAGAAUACCUAAGCUGAAAUAAAAUCAUAUCAUUACCGGUAUAUUAUAUGAAAAUACUACAUUUCCCCCCCUCCCCCACCCCCGUUGAUGAGCUUGUGUGUUUACUUCAUACAGAGUAUAAUUUCCAUGGGUGUAUAAGUCAUACAAAGUUUUAUUUCCAAAUCAUCAUUCACCAUACAGUAAUGGAAAUCCGACCUCAUCAACAGGGGGGUGCAGAUAUAAACUGGAAUGGCAUAUUCAUGCUGCAAAUUUAUUCAGGUAGUGCUUUACUUUCCCCUGAAAGUACCAGUAUUGAAGAUUGAAGUUAAUGAAUAUAGCGCCACCUAGUGUUCAAAUGAGGCACAAUUAUCAUCCAUUUUAGCCAAUUGUUA